UUGUUGUGUUUACGUGCUGCCUAAAAUUGUGAAAAAUUGUGAAAUUUUGUGUAAAAUGGCCCAGAAUUCAGGUAAUCAAGAUACAACAGGACAUGACAUGGACACAGAAACUGUGAGCGAUGGAACUAAUGAAGCUGCUGGUGCUACAGAAGGCGAUUCGAUACAGCCGCAGGAGAUUCUUGAAUCUGAACAUGGCACUGCAGAGCAUGAAGCAGAGUCUAUGGAGGGUGUCGAAGAGGGUCACGUUCCACAUGUCCAGGUUGAAGAAGGCGACGAAGGACGGGUAGUCCAACAGGUUGAAGAUGAGUCGCCUAUAGUGGCUGUCGAUGAAGAGGGUAGAGUGAUUGCCACUGGUGCGGAAGCUGAAAGACUGAUCGCCGAACAUCAGGCAGCAGUCCAACAGCAGCAGGAGCAAGAUCAGCAGCAGCAAUCACAACAGCAGGACGAACAAGCCGUGGACGAUUCGGUGAUGAUCACCCAGCCGGUGAGCGAGGAUCAACUUUACCAGGCGGCCGCCGACCAGCAGCUGAUGGACGCGGCCACCGGCGGGGAUAUUGCUGCAGCGACACAACAAAAUGAUGGUACAGUAGCAGCAUCAACAGCGCAGUCUGCUACUGUUGCUUCGCAGGCUGUAGCUUUAGCGGCCUCGGGGGCUCAACAGGACAUAUUACAGCAAGCCUUUGAGGAAUCCGGAGCUGGAGGAGAAGCGGCAAACAAUGCCGAGCCAGAACUCACACCAGGCGAGCUGGUUGAGCAGGCGGUAGCACAGGUUCAUGAUGGGGAACCUGACACCCACGAAGGAGCCGCAAGCAGCGAGGCGUUCCCAUCCACGGGUGGAACCGGGGCAGGAAGUACGGCGCCGGCAGUUGCUCUUGGGGCUGCACCAGGACCCACUGAUACAGGGACAGUAGUUACCAAACAGGAACAACAGGAAAAUUUGCCUCCACUGGGCAGCUGCGAUAACCCAAUUCAGAUUAUCCAGCAAGGCAAUUCAUAUCACUCAACCCAGACUCUCAGUCCAGAUCAGCUGCAGCAGAUCGCUCAUGUCCUACAACAGCAGCAAGUGGCCAAGGCAAUUCAGACAGGUGGGAGUGCUGUCGUAUACAAUCCGCAGACGAAUACCAGAAUAAUCUAUAGAGUGAUUUACCCUGAGCGGAAAGACAAAAAGGAAGGCAUAAAGCCCGUCGGGGCCGCAGCGGCGCGGGCACCGAAGGCAACGAAAUUGCCUAAAGUUCAUCCCAAAGGCUACAAGGGUCGCGGACGACCUGCCAAAAAAUACGACGAUGACAUUAAUCCGGAGGGCCCGUCGUUAACGAAAGAAGAGCGAGAGGCUUUGAAGAAGCAAGUACCUCGGACACGAUCGGGUCGUAUUAGUCGACCGCCAAAAUACAUGGUUCGCGACUAUAAAAGGAUUCAUCAUCUUGACUUCCACGAAGAGCCACCGCCGGAUGAGAGUGACGGCGGCUAUUCAGAUAUCGAAGGUGUCGAAGUUGGAGAAGAUGGUAUUAAAAGAAAACGCCGGAAGCUUGUCGUGGGAACCGAUCUGAGUUUGACUGGAAAACUCAAAGCUUACCGUUGUUCCCAGUGCGAUCGCGCUUACAUUUCCGAAUUACGGUUGCGAAAGCACUUCCGCCUAACGCAGCACGGAGAUCCAGAUAAUUUGCCACCGCCAAUGAACGUUGAGGAGAUUGUUCAAAGCGAUGAUGAUGGCGAAGAUAUUGAGAGUCAACGGCAUCAGGAACAACUAGCUGAAGCCGCACGAAAAGAACGUGAGGAGAAGGAGAGACGUAAAACACAGCCGCGGAGCUAUGCCGACAUGGUAUCAACUCGCCGAAAAAAUCGUCUUCGAGAAGCACUUCGGCAAUGUACUGAUAAAGAAGUUCUAGACGUUUGCCUUUAUCGCGUUGCCCAAACGGCAACGAUGUGGCAAUUUUUGCUCGCUAAAAGCGAGGACGGUGACCCACCGGUGCCUGAUGUGUCAAUGAUGCUUGUGAACCUUGAAACCCUCCUCCAGCAGACUGAUCGACUUGGCAGAGAGUUCAUGACGCCGACAAAUGAUACUGAGGGCGACGAUUUAGUUGAACUUGUUGACGAGAUGGUCGCAGCUGCGUUAGGCAACAAAAAUUUAGGUAUGUACAGAAUUGACCGAGAAGCAUAUUUGCCUGAAACAGACUUCCUUGUCAAAGCGCAUCCAAUCUACCGGCCGGCACCAAGUGCACGGCAUCGCGCGCCAAUUCGGGUGCCCGCAUCAUCAUCGGUGCCAGGAAACGUCUCAGGUGCUGGCGGUUCUGGACUGAGCCGGCCCAUAAUCAGCCAUGCGGCCUCGCCACUUCACAAGACCACUCCACGAAGUAUUGUGCAGCCAAACAUUAUCAUUAAUCACCGACCAACACCUGUAGCUGUGUCAAAAAUGUCGAUGUCUCAUAUGGGAAUUAUGGCACCGCCGUCAAUUGUGAGACGUACAGGUAACGUGAAGAGCUACAUUCCUCAACCGCAAUCGGCAGUAACCAUGACCCCGAGCAGAAUGACACCGAACAUUCUGAGUUCACCAAAGCCACAAUUUCGAGUAGUAACGGCCGCCCCCCGUGGUGCGUCCCAUGUAAACAGAUCACAACCUGGCACUAGUCUACUUCGGCAUUCCGGCAACGUGACAAAUCCACGAGGCGGGGGUAUCACGCGUGUUACCCCUCAGUCUGUUCGGGGUACUUCUUUGCUCACUCCGCAGAGUGUUACUCCUGCACAGCACAUCCAGCAACAGCAGCAACAGCAGCAGCAGCAGCAACAGCAACAACAACAACUGCAGCAGCAA